ACCGGGGAGAAAGUAGAAUAGAAGAGGAAGAAGAAGAAGCAGUAGAAAAGUGUUAAGUGUUGAAUCCAAAGAUGCUCGGAACAUGUGGAAGCAGAUCAGAGACAGAGAAGCUGGGAAAUUACGUGCACAUUGUUUCGCGAAUCGCGUGAAGUCCAAUCGCAUUUCCCAACUUCAAUUAUCAAAUCACAAAGACAUCGUUUCCCCUCACAAAGGCUCCAUCAACUGUCUUCAGAUUGAUUCGACAGAGGGAAGAUAUUUGUUAUCUGCCGCAUCCGAUGCCUCCGUUGCCGUUUACGACGUUCAACGACCCACAGUUUCGGAAGCAGGUGGUGUGAUAUCGAAACACAGGUCCAUAUUCGUCGUUGAUAAGCAGCACCAAACGCCUCACAAGUAUGCCGUAUCAUCAGCUAUAUGGUAUCCAAUUGACACGGGAUUGUUCAUCACUGGCUCCUAUGAUCAUCAUAUUAAUGUUUGGGACACUAACACCACGCAGGUGGUGGUGAAUUUCAAAAUGCCUGGGAAAGUUUAUCGGACUGCCAUAUCCAAUUUGUCAACGUCUCACAUGCUUGUCGCUGCUGGCACUGAGGAUGUUCAAGUUCGCCUUUGUGAUAUUGCUUCCGGGGCAUUCACUCACACUUUGUCCGGUCACCGCGAUGGAGUAAUGACUGUUGAAUGGUCUACUUCAAGUGAAUGGGUCUUAGUUACUGGGGGAUGUGAUGGUGCAAUACGUUUUUGGGACAUCAGGCGCGCCGGAUGUUUCCUAGUUUUAAAUCAAUCCCAAACUCAGCUUGGAAGACGCCCACCUAUACUCAAAUGCUCCAUGAUAACUAAGGAUUCAAGUACAAAAUUACGUGCUGCACAAAAGAAGCAUGCCAAUGGAAGUGGUAGCAGACAACUACCAAUUGGCAGAGUUCCAUCCAAGGGACCAGUGAAGCAGAGGUUACAUCCAGGAAUGCUGUCUACGCAGGAUCGUGCAACUGCUCAUUAUGGUGCUGUGACAGGAUUAAAAGCAACAGAUGAUGGCAUGUAUCUACUAAGUGCAGGGUCUGAUUCAAGAUUGAGGUUGUGGGAUAUUGAAUCUGGCUGUGAUACUCUUGUGAACUUUGAAACAGUCCGCCUGCAAAUAAACAAACCUAUCCAAUUAGCCACCACUCAAGAUUCGGCCUUUGUUUUCGUUCCAUGCAUGAGAGCUGUGAAAGCAUUUGACAUGUGGUCUGGGAACACAGACGCUAUAUUGCGUGGCCACUAUGAAUGUGUGAAUUCUUGCUGGUUUAAUCAACAAGAUCAGGAAUUGUACACUGGUGGAAACGAUAGACAAAUUCUUGUCUGGUCACCUGCUAGAUCAAUCGUUGAUGAAAUGGAUGAAGGACCUGCUGAUGAUCAGGAUAGCUGGAGCAACUGAAUCUUGCCUCCAUGUGCUGAUAAUCACAUCUUACUUAGUGUUCUUCAGCCACUUGUGUUAUAUGUUUGUGGGAUUUGUAAAUGUAGGCUUGUUCUGGUUUUGGAGCAUAUGUGAAACGCUUAAAAGCGCAAAACUGCGAAACUGUAUAUUAGUAGCCUAUUGCUUAUGUAGGAUAGACCCUUUUCUUUUAAUCAUUUUUUAAGUAUUAGUCCGUGUAAAUUUUGAUUUGACUCCUUUCCAUGUAAGUUACCGCAUAAAAACUUUUUUCUUAAUGUUUGCU